CUCCCUCUCUCUCUCUCCACUGACUUUGCUGAUACAGAGAAAGUUUCCUUCUUUCAAAAUUUUCAAACUUCAUCUCUCCCGAAGCUCGGAACAUUUUUCCGUCGUCUUUCUCUUAUCGAUUCUAUACUCAGGCGUUGUUCUUCGGAGAGACCCGUGGUGUCCAUUUCCCGAUUAAAAAGCUUUCCUCUGUUUCUCUCUCUUUUUUCUCCGCGAGAGGGAAACAGUCUCUUCCAGAUUCUCUCCGAGACUUUCUUGUAGAACAUGGAUUUCUUGUUUCUGGGUUUCGUUUUUGGGGUCGAAAGACGAUAACUUUCCGGGAAAGAAGACGAAUAUCGGAAGCAAAUCGAUACUGGUCGUCACCGGUUCUGAGAUAUUUCCGUCGGCUUGAAGCGUGAGAAAAGAUUUUUAAUCUUGGAUUGGUCUGAGGCAUCAUAAGGAAAUGCAAAAUGGUUGCUAAGGGAGGCCGGAAUUCGACGGGAUCUUCCAAGGUGGAGGUCGGGGAGAUAGACACAAGCGCACCUUUUCAAUCUGUUAAAGACGCGGUUACUCUUUUCGGCGAAAGUGCUCACUCGGGUGAGAAAUCCUUCAUCAGAAAAUCGGAUCCUCAAUCUGCAGAGAAGGUUUUGGCUAAGGAAGCUCGUACAGAAAUAUCCCGAAAGUCCACCAAUCAACUGCACUUCCAUGCCCUUCACAAUGCCGAGACAACGAAAGAGGAAGCCCUGGCUGAGCUCGAACAAGCUAAAAGAACAGUUGAUGAUCUUUCUCACAAGCUGAAAGUGGCCAAUGACUCGAGAGAUUCAGCAAUUAUGGCGACAGAUGCUGCAAAGAGUCGAGUGAAAGAAAUCGAGGAAGCAAAAUCAGGAAGUGUUUCCCAGUCCAAUGAUGCUCAAAAGCAGGACAUAGAAAAUGUCAUGGAACAGCAACGGGCAGUGAUUAGUGAGCUUGAUAUCGCGAAGCAAGAACUGAGAAAAAUCCGUCAGGAUUCAAAUGAGAUUUCUGCGACAAAGACUUGCGCUAUAAACAUGGUAGAGGAAGCUAAGAAAGUGGUUGAAGCUAACUCAGAGAAGAUUAGAGAGCUCAGGAAGGAAAUUUCAGAUGCUAAUGAAUCUGUUGAACAGAUGAAGCUUGCGUGUUUGCAAGUGCAGAGAGAGCAAACUCAAAUAUUUGCAGAGAAGGAUCUUCAAAAGCAAUCUUACAGGGCUGGCAUGGAAGAGUCAGCAAAGAAGUUACUCGAUUUGAAGAACGGGUUUGACCCUGAACUUGCAAAAAAGCUUGAAUUGAAGCUGGCUGAAACAUAUGACGAAAUCAGCUCGUUUCAGAAGCAAAUGGAGAAUGCAAAAGCAUCAGAUAUGGAUUCUGUGAGGAGUGUGACAGUGGAAUUGAUUGAUGCAAAGGAGUCGCUUAAGAAACUCGUUGAAGAAGAGAAAUCCUCUAAAGAGCUGGUGGAGUCUCUGAAAACAGAACUGGAAAAUGUGAAGACGGAACAUGAUGAGCUAAAGACGAAGGAAGCUGAAACAGAAUCCAUGGCCGGAAAUCUUCAUCUCAAGCUAAGGAAAAGCGAAAGCGAGCUUGAAGCAUGUCUUGCAGAGGAAUCUAAUACAAAGGCUGCGUUUGAAGACAUGAUGUCAACCCUCAAUCAAUUAUCUUCCGAGACGGAAACUGCCCAGCGAGAAUCUGAAGAAAUGAGAAUCAAGGCCGAGGAGUUGAGAAAGGAAGCAGAAGCUGCACAUGUUGCGCUCGAAGAUGCAGAGCUAAAUCUUAGGGUUGCUCUAGACGAAGUAGAAGAAGCAAAAGCUGCAGAGACAAGAUCCCUCAAACAAAUAAAAUCUGUGUCUGAAAAAACCACUGCAGCACGUUAUUCAACACCUGAAUCCGGUGGCCAGAUCACAAUGUCCCGGGAAGAGUACGAAUCAUUGAGCAGAAAAGUCGAGGAAUCUGAUAGGUUAGCCGAGAUGAAAGUGGCAGCUGCAUUGGCCCAGGUGGAGGCAGUGAGAGCUAGCGAAAACGAGGCAUUGAAGAAGUUAGAGAUAACCCGAAAGGAUAUCGAGGAGUUAAAAGCUGCAACAGAAGAGGCACUGAAGAAGGCAGAGAUGGCUGAGUCGGCCAAGAAAGCGGUGGAAGGAGAACUCAGGAGAUGGCGGGAAAGAGAGCAGAAGAAGGCAGCCGAAGCUGCGGCUAGGAUUCUUGCAGAAGCCGAGAAAGUAGCCAUGGAAUCAUCGCCCCGCCAUUACAGAGCCACGGCACAGAAGCCCGCAGAGAGAAAGGUUGAGAUCCGAAAACUGGAAAAGACGAGAACUUCAGUGGUCUCAAAGAAAGUGCUUCUACCGAAUCUAAGUGGAAUCUUUCACAGGAAGAAGAAUCAAAUGGAUGGAGGAUCUCCUUCUUAUCUUCCCGGGGAGGAACCCUUCUGAGGUUGCUAACCAUUUUCCGGUUUCUCGUAAAUUUGAGUCAGAGACAUUUAGGUUGUGUUAUUUGGUUACUACUUGUGGUCAUGAAGGUGAGCUUCUUUCUUGCAUAAGCUUCAACUUUGUGUGUGACGAAAAAACAAAACAAUGGGAAAAGAAAAGAUCGAAACUUUGUGUCGGAAA